AUGGAAAAUAUUGCAACAAAGCUGAUCAAAUCCCUUCUUCCUUACAGAAAAUUUCUCCUUCAGUUUCGUACACUCUCUACCUCACAAACACCACUUGAAGAAACCCUCAAAGCAACCAUUGAAUCCAAAUCCUACACACAAAUCCCUGACCUUUUCAACUCCUUUAAACAAUCUAACAACAACCCAAGUCCUUUUUCGUUCCUCUCUACAUUCCCUUUUAAUCUUAGGACCCAAGUCAUCGAUGAAAUCAUCCAAUCUUUGAUCCCCAUUAGACCCCGGUUUCGAAACUCUAUAGUUUAUAGCUCUCUUCUCUCAUACACCCUUCAAAGUUCGGAUCUUUUUCCUCUUUCUCUUUCUAUAAUCCAAUGUACUCUUCGUUCUGGGUGCUUACCUGUGCCUCAAACACAUGUUUCUCUCUCUUCUGCUUGGCUUGAUCGCCGGCGUGAUGGUCAGUCAGUUGGUGGCAUUCUAAUGGAAAUGAAGUCUAUUGGGUAUAAUCCUGAUUGUGGUUUGUGUAAUUAUAUUAUGUUGUCUUUGUGUAAUGUUGAUCAGUUGAUCGAGGCAGUGAAAGUCUUGAAGGAUAUGGGAAAAGUGGGUUGUUUUCCUGAUUUGGAAAGUUAUGGGAUUGUUAUUGGUGCAAUGUGUAGAGUUAGAAAGUGCGAUGAUGCAAUUGAGAUGGUUAAGGAAAUGGUAGUGAAAAUGAGGUUGAGUCCUAGGCAGGGAGUAGUGGUGAAAGUAUUGGCUGCGUUGAGGGCGAAUAGAGAGAUGAGGAAAGCGGGUGAGAUGGUUGAGUUCUUGGAGAAGGAGGAGUAUGGUGUGGGGUUUGAGGGUUAUGAGUCGUUAGUUGAGGGAUGUUUGGAGUGUAAAGAUUUUAUUUUGGCUGUCAAAAUUGUGACGAGAAUGACAGAGAAAGGGUUUAUACCUUAUAUCAAGGUGAGGCAAAAGGUGGUUGAGGGGCUGAUUGAUGCUGGUGAAUGCAAGCUUGCUUGUACUGUGAGACAAAGAUUUGCCGAAUUAAGUUCUUAG